AUGUACAAUGAUCUAGAGAAGGGCGAGAAUAAGUUUGAACCCGCACAGAAUGAUGAUAGAGUAAACACACACAACAAGUAUGUAUUACAACUUUGGAGAGAAAACAUUGACUGGCAACCCGUUCUCUCUAGACAUGCAGUAAUUAAAUGCAUCGCAAAGUAUGCAGCCACUUCAGAUAAAAGUUGUGAAACACACCAACAGAUGUUACUAUGGUUGGCAAAUAUUGAAACCCCAAAUGAUUCUGCAACAAAGGCUUAUCGAAAUUUACUAACUAAAACAAUAAUUGAGAGAGACAUUGGAGCACAAGAAACAAGCCACAUGCUAUUGGAAUUGCCAUUGGUUGAAAGUAGCAAAAAAAUUAUUAAUUUGAAUGUCUCAACUGAAGUUUUCAAACGUGUGGUAGAAGAUGUUGAAAACAAUGAUGAAGAACACACAGUCUCAUUCAUAUAUGCAUAUCUAAACAAGCCAUUUUCUAUGGAAGCUAUAUCAUUGAUUGAUGUAGCAAAAUCAUGGAUAUACAAUCUGAAAAGAAAAAGUGACAACAAAUGGAAUCCGCGAAAAAAAGAAAGUAUUGUCGGAGUAUUCCCCAGGUUCACGUCCAUUCCGACACGUGGCUCCGAGAAAUGGAUCACAUUUUGUUUUUCAGAAUUGCUACUAUACAAACCUUUUCACAACAUUCAAAGGCACAUUGGGAAUAAUGAUGAUACAAUACAGACAAAUUGGGAUAACUUCAAUUACAAUCAAUGGCAUGUGCAACGAAGAAUAGAAAUAGAGAUUGAUGAAAAUAUUGAAGUCUCGAAAACUGAAGAAAAUGAUACUAGGCAAGAAGAAACUACAGAAAAUGAGUGGGAGAUAAUAUCUAGGCUUCACCGUGGCCAAUUAAUGCAAACUUCAGAGAUAGAAAUUCUCGACAGGAGAGACUUAGAUAAAGAGACAAAUUGGUCAACUGAUUAUGAAGGUGAAGAAUAUACUGACAAGGCCAUGAGUUUCAUUGCCACCAUGAAAAGUAUUGGUUCUCUCAUCCAUGAUGAUAUACCAUAG